GUGUGAGAGGUUGGGUGGAGGCAGAUUCCAGGAAAAGGCUUGGACAUCAUUUGGUGAACGCAGCAGAUGGAGUAUCACCUCAUCCACAGCUGCUUCUCUGUUGGGAUUUCAUUUCUUCUCAGCCCGAAUGGAAAGUUCAAACUACUUCAAAGCGACUAUUCUCCUCAUCAUCAUCACUAAAUGUGUUUUAAUGCUCUUUAAUUUAAGACCAGCAAACAUAAACAGGUUCAUCCCAACACUACAUGGGCCUCAACCUGUUUGCCCAUCAUUAUUUACUGAGCAGACCAUCACUCCGCUUAAAAACACCAAGCACUUACUGGUCUCCGCCUUUAUGGACGAGAGAGUGAAGGGUUUUGAUGUACGCAUCAUUGGCAUGUUUCAUAGAACCUCCAUCCAACCACUCCAUUGUCUUUACUGCUGUUCCAGCCAUUUGGGUGGGAUAACUCCUGCAAAAGUCUUACAACAUGCAGACCACUUUGGUUUCCCCUUUGGUGCUACAGACGUCAUGUGUCAGAUCCCUAAAAACUGUGAAGCGUCACAUGUCACCCUUCUGACUCAGGCCAGUACAGAGGAUGUAUCCGACCUCAGCUGGAUUCCUAUAAAAAACAUGAAAACCAGUGGAAAAGAAGAGAAAAUGCUUAACUUCACUGUCUGCAUUUCCAACCUGUUUGGAGACUACAGCAACGUGCUUCAGUUCGCACAGACUCUGGAGAUGUACAGGUUACUUGGAGUGAACAGAGUGGUGAUCUAUAACACCAGCUGUGGCCCAGACCUUGACCGUCUUCUGCAGAGUUACGCCCAGGAGGGGUUUAUGGAAGUAGUUCCUUGGCCCAUCGACAAGCACAUGAAUCCGUCUCGUGGCUGGCAUUUCCCAGAACAUGGAGGUGAUAUCCACUACUUUGGCCAGCUAACCACACUGAACGAGUGCAUUUACAGAUCCAUGGAGCGUUCACGCUACGUCCUGUUGAAUGACAUUGAUGAGAUUGUCAUGCCAUAUAAACACGACAACCUGAUGUCCCUCAUGGAUGCGCUGCAACCACAGCAUCCCGAUGUUGGUGUUUUCCUAAUUGAAAACCACAUCUUUCCCAAGAAGCACUUUGACCCUAGUGGGAAAUUUCACCUGCCUCAGUGGGUCGGGGUGCCGGGAAUUAAUAUUCUGGAGCACAUUUACAGAGAAGACCCUGCCCGGAACAUAUACCAUCCAUACAAGAUGAUAGUUCAACCAAGGCUGGUGGAGCAAACCUCUGUCCAUGAAGUGCUCAAAUAUUUUGGAAAAAACUACAAAGUCCCGUUAGAUGUCUGCCGUCUCAUUCAUGUUCGUGUGGCUCUGCGUGGAUCAUUGACUAUGGAACAACUCAAUGUAGACAAACGUCUGUGGGACUUCCAGAAGAACCUGAUUUCUAAUGUGGACAAGGUUCUGGGCAAGUUGGAGUUUCUAGUGACAUAGAAUUAAAGCUGAUGGACAAAAACUGGAGAUGUUCUAAAGAGGUGGACGCUAUUGUACGCUGAAGGAGGAGCCUUUUAAGACUUAUUCAACUGUUGCUACAGCAAUUUCCACACCACUCUGAAAAUGGGGAUUUCUUAUGAAAAGAAAAUGUUUGAAAAUGUGCUACAGAUUUUUAUAAAUAAACUGAAAAAAUGUCUAAUUACACAUAGUGUUUAAAUCAAACAAUUUUCAUAAAAUUACAAGAAGUCCUGAUAAAUAAUUAUGCAUUUGUUUGCAUUAUGCAUUAUGUGUUUGGUUCUCAAUGAAAGGUCAUAAAUGGUUGUUCUCAUG